AUGCCCGCCGCCCUGAAAAAGGCGCUCAACAAGCUCAAGACCGCCGGCCAGUCCUCCGACUCGGACUUGUCGACCAAGAGCCCCAAGCCCAAUGGCACCAACUCGCCCGUCGCCCCGUCUCCGGCCGGCCUCUCGUCGCCCAUCAUGAAGAACUCGCCCAAGUCCUCGCCGCGCUCCUCGGGCAUCUUCAGUCGCAGCAGCGGCACCUUUGACCGGAAAGACGUCGCCGGCCGUUCCAGCGGCACCUUUGACCGGUCCAACCACCGCACCAGCACCACCUUCACCGAGAAGGCUUCGCACAGCCCCGUCCGCGCCCUGCGCGAGAAGCUGCACCUGGGACAUGACUCCGACUCCGACUCUACUGACAUUCCGCUCAACCGCGACGGCGAGCCGAUGAGCAAGGCCCAGCUCAAGAAGCAGGAGAAGCAGGCCGAAUGGGAAGAGCACAAGCGCCAAGUCGAGGAGAAGCGGAAGGCUCAGCUGCAAAAGCGCCAUGAGAUGGAGGAGCGCGCCAGGAACGAGGAGACUCCCGAGCAAAGGGCCAAGUAUGGUGACCUGCCCGUCAACAACUAUGCCGGCGAGUGGAAGCACGAAGACCGCUGCGACAUCCGCACCUUGUCCGCCAGCGACGCGGGCAAGGAGGUUGUCUUCCGCGCACGCAUCCACCACAUCCGCAAGAUGAGCGCCCACCUUGUCUUCUUCGUCCUUCGCCAGCAGACCACCACCGUCCAAGGCGUGCUUCACGAGCACGGCUCCAUCACCCCCCACUUCGUCUACUGGGCCGAACACCUUGAUAUCGAAUCCAUCGUUCUCGUCAAGGGCAUCAUUCAACCUCCCAAGGCCAAGGAGGGGGAGAUCACGGGCGCGUCCAUCCAUGACAUUGAGAUUUCGGUGCACGAGCUGCACGUCGAAUCGAAAGUCACAACCCCGCUUCCCUUCAGCGUCGCCGAGGCCGAGGUCUCCAAGGCCGAGACGGAGCAGGAGGGCGAUACCAGAGUCCGCAUCUCUGAUCGCACUCGUCUUUCCAACCGCAUCAUCGACCUGCGGUCCACCACUUCGCAGGCAAUCUUCCGCAUUCAGUCUGGUCUUUGCAACUGUUUCCGCACUUAUCUUGAUACCCAGGGUUUUGUUGAAAUUCACACCCCCAAGCUUCAGGGGGGUGCUACCGAAUCUGGCGCUAGCGUGUUCAAACUUGACUACUUUGGUCGUCCCGCAUUCUUAGCUCAGAGCCCGCAGCUGGCCAAGCAGAUGUGUAUCUCUGCCGACUUUGGCAGGGUCUACGAGAUCGGUGCCGUCUUCCGUGCCGAGAACAGCAACACCCACAGACACUUGACCGAGUACACCGGUCUCGAUCUCGAAAUGGCCAUCGACGAGCACUACCACGAGGUCCUGCGCAUGCUGGACAACACCUUCAAGUUCAUGUUCAAGGGCAUCUACGAGAAGUACAGACAUGAGCUCGACGUGGUCAAGCGCCAGUUCCCACACGAAGACCUCGUCUGGCUGGACCAGACCCUCACGCUUUCGUUUGCCGAGGCCAUCCGUCUCCUGAACGACUCGGGAUGGAGAGAUGACGAGGGCAACCCUCUGCCUGAAAACGAGGAUCUUGGCACGAGGGAUGAGAUCCAGCUUGGCAGGGUCAUCAAGCAGAAGUUCAACACCGACUACUACAUCAUCGACAAGUUCCCGGUUUCUGCCCGUCCCUUCUAUGCCAUGGCCGACCCCCACAACUCGGACGUCACAAACUCGUUCGACAUCUUCCUCCGCGGUCAGGAGAUCUUGUCCGGUGGACAGCGUAUCCACGACGCGGACAUGCUUACCAAGAACAUGGAGAAGUUGAAGAUGGAUCCCAAGGUGCUCGAGGAGUACGUGCAAGGGUUCGAGUGGGGCGCUCCUCCUCAUGGAGGUGGUGGCAUCGGCUUGGAGCGCAUGCUCAUGCUUUUCCUCAACCUCGGCGACAUCAGACACGCUUCCAUGUACCCCAGGGACCCCAGGAGUUUGCCUGCGAAGCCGGUGAUCAAGCAGCUGCGCCACCCCGAAUUCAGCACGCUUCACCCGCCGUGGGAGGGCCAGGACCGCGUCACAGCCUCGGUCGAUUUCCAACCCAUCGAGAAGCUCAUCGCCAACUACGGUGACGCUUCCAACACAUCCUGGCUGGAGCCUCGUACGCAGAUCUGGCGUGACGAGUUCACUGGUGCUGCCGUCGGCUACGUGCCGCAGGGCGACUACGCCAUCACGGUGGGCGACCCGCUGUGCCACCAGUCGCAGUACGUCAAGACCAUCUCUGGGUACCUCAGAUGGAUCAAGAAGGAGCGCAACCUCAAGCCUCUGUGGCUGCUGGUCGGCCAUGAUGUUGAGGAAGUGCUGGCCACUCGGUUCAACUGGCGCACAUUCUCGGUCGCCGCGGAGCAGCGCCUCGACCCCUCCAACAACCCGGCUGCGCACGACAACGACUUGCAGCGCAAGAUCAGGCAUGCGGAGAAGGAGGGAAUCAAGAUUUUCGACUUCCCGAUUGGCUCGCCGCCGCCGCAGGAUGUGCGCGAGAAGAUUGACGCGCGUGUGAAGGAUUGGUUGAACAACCGCAAGGGCAAGCAGGUCCACUUGACGGACAUCCACCCGUGGCAGGACGAGGAGCACCGCUGGUACUUUUACUCUCAGGACAAGGAGGGCACCAUCUCGGCGUUCGUCGCUCUGGCCCAGCUGUCGCCCGAUCACGGCUGGCAGGUCAAGUACUCGCUCGACUUCCCUGGCGCGACGUCGGGCACGAUCGAGCACAUUGUCACGUACUCGCUCAAGAAGCUUGCGGAUAAUGGCGAGACCAACGUUACGUUCGGCGGCGGUGCCAGCUCCAAGUUCACGCCUGGCCACAACAUGAAGAAGCCGCGGGUCAAGGUGUUGAGCAAGGCGUACCACGCCAUUGCCACGGAGCUCAAGCUCACCAACAAGAGCGAGUUCCGUGAGAAGCUGGGCGCGCAGGAGGAUCCUGUUUACGUGUGCUAUCCUCCUCACGGCCUGGGACCCAUGGCCGUCAAGGCUAUUCUGACCUUCUUCGAGGACGACGAGUAG